AUGUCAAGUGGCAGUAGUCACAGCACAUACGACGUUGUUGCCGAACACCGCGGGUCACAGUCUCGGAGUGAACGUGAUAGAAGCGUCAGUGUCUCACCUAAAACACGUGUUCCUAGUCUACCCAGCAACGGUGGCCAUCGCCCUUCCUCUACUAGCAGCGACGUAAAUCCUUACAAUCCCCAACGUCCUCCACAAGCUCCUAUUGUUAAUAACAUCAUGGAACCCCAACACGUCGGCACUCCUGCGAAGCGGAAAUUAGAGCAUAGAGAUCUCGGACCCGAUGAGCUUGAGAAUGGCCGGAAGGCUCCGCCGCCUCCACAGCUAAAUGGUAACCGUGCUGCCUCGCUAGCUGCUGUAGUGCAGCAGUCAUCAGUACCGCUGAUGACACCGCGUCGAAAACGUGUCCUACACGACAGGCCGCCGAUCUGGGCGCAAAAUGGUAGAGACCGUGAUCAACCCAAAGUAACCAGUCGCAAUUUUGCUCUGAAACAUUACAUUCGCCAACAGACCAACGCGCCCGGUCCAGCCAACGGAAACAAUCAGCACGAUGUCGGCGGACAUGUGAAGUCUGAUCAUAUUUCUCGCCACGCCUCACCCGAAACAGUACGAUCUGUACCUGGGGUUAAAGCAGAAGAACCGACUCCUGCGGUUGCUAAGGACCCCUCUACAUUCAAUGGCCAACCGUUCCCGUGGGAGCCUAGCAUUGGGAACGAGACACCAAAGAAUAUUGUAUGUCGCGAGGUCGCUGACUUUCUAGGCAUCAACGUGCUUCAAUUCCCUCAUCUCGAAGAAAUCCAUAGCCGGGGCGCGGUAUUCGAGAUCGAAGCUAAGCUCGGUACUAUCAUCGACAAGAUGACCAACGACCGCAUCUACUUUCCUGGAAUAAGGGCCGGCGAGUGUGUGCUAGAUAGCACUAGGGUUGCAUUUCGCAGCUCCAUGACCGAGAAUCAGCAUCGCGACCUCAACGAAUUCUUAAACGAGCAGGUGAAGGCCUCCUUCCCUCGCAGCCAUGCUGCAGCCUCUCGCGUGCAAGUACACUACGUACAUCGCCGAGAGGUUGAUCGAUUUUACGAACUCGCGCCCCAUAUGCGUCAACGUGUACCAGCCUGCAUUUCUGGCCUGCUGCAGCAAGGCGCGCCUAUAAAAGCUCGCGUCACCACCCACGAACAAAAUGCCAAUAAUAUUUUAGCCAAGAUCGUCAAGGCCCGAAUUGCCGAUUUAAACAUUCAUUUCCCUCACUUACCCCUAGACUGCCGCAUAAGUAUCAACCUAGAAUGGGAUUGGGAUGGUCCGGUCGAAGAGAUCGAACGCGGUCAGAACCCCAACAAGGAGCGACCCCCGGACCGUAUUAAGGAUCGGCUCAGUUAUAAGCACGGCUUCUACCAGGUCGAUUUAACGCAGGUGAAGCAGGGACCUGCGACCUCGGGUAGCCAACCCUGCCAAGUGCCUGCUGGUGCUUCAAAGGAGCACGAGCUCGAGGUGGAAUUGGAGGCGCGUCAUCUAAUCGAGCAUGGACGUAUGCUCAUGCAAAGGAAACCGAAUAGAUACGAAGAUCUGGUCGACGGCCUCGUUAAUAACGUACGUCUCUUAGCGCGACGGUGUCCACCGCCGCAUCAUCAUAAUCAAUCUUAG